CUUAAGAUUGUAGGGGCAAAUGCGCGUUGUAUCAGUGCGACCCUCCCUCUCAACAAUACCGUGACGCUCUCGAGGCACCUCCUGAUAAAAUUUUCAUCUCAACUCAUCACUUCUCUUGGUUCUGCCUGCCCCAUGUUCAUCGCGGUCACUAUGAGUAAUACCAUCCAGGAGCUCACACCAACACAGUCUGGUCAGAUUUUCAUCUUGGCAGACACACCCAUUACUCACCUUUGA